AUGAGUCGAAAGUUCACGGUGGCUAUCUGUGGCGGAGGCGUGGGCGGGCUCGUUUGUGCCGUUGCAUUGUCCCGGUAUCCUGACAUACAAGUCGAUAUCUAUGAGGCUGCCCACCAGCUUGCCGAAAUCGGCGCGGGCAUUGGAAUGUGGGCACGAACGUGGAGGAUAAUGCAACAACUUGGGCUUGACAGAGAUUUAGCCGGCAUUGCGAAGGCCUCGUCAGACAUGCAGCCUCAGGUGUCGUUCCACUUUCGUAAAGGGGACCAGGAAGAGGGCAAAGACUUCUACACCCUUGUCACCCCAGGCGGUAUGAUUCCCUUCCAUCGACCAGAAUUCCAGUCCGUUUUGCUACGACAUGUGUCCCCUCAGUGCCGUACGCACACAAGUAAGCGCUUGAAAUCCUACACCCAUUUACCCAUAGGCCACGGUGCUCCUUCUACCUCUCCCAUCACAUUGCAUUUCAUCGAUGGCACGUCCGCUUCCUGUGAUCUCCUGGUCGGUGCCGACGGUGUAAAGUCGGCGACCCGCGCGACCAUGGUUCGCGAGCUUGCGUCACAAGCAGCAGCCGCGGGACGACACGACCAGGCAGAAGAGCUCCAACGUACUCAGCCACUGUGGAGCGGGAUCUACGCCUACCGGGCUAUCAUCCCGAUGGAAACUCUGCGAAUGCAAUCACCCGGACAUCGACUCCUCACAGACCCCAUGUUUUAUUUUGGCAAGGAUACGCAAUUAACCACGUACCCUAUAUCAAACGGCACCAUCCUCAAUGUCGCCGCAUUCCAUACACAAUACGACCUCGAAGAUACGAAGCUCGACGGUAGCUGGACCGAGAACAUCCCUAGAGAGGCUGUGUUGCGCGACUUCAGUGAGUGGGAGCCUGAGAUACAAACCCUAUUCCAGAGCAUCCCGCAAUUUAAUCGAUGGGCAGUGGUGACCGCACCUAGGCUUCCAACCUUCGUCUGUGGUCGUGUCGCGUUGCUCGGGGAUGCGGCGCACGCAAUGGUCCCCUUCCAGGGCUCCGGUGCCGGUCAGGCCAUCGAGGUGAGCCUACGUCGUGACUGA